AUGUCCACAUUUCUUCACCGUGAAAUUUCCUCUCCGCCAGCUUCGCCAGCCUCUUUCUCUUCCAUUUCAUCCUCAACAUCAUCAAUAUUUACAUCAGAAGCCUCCCCAGCCACCGGAUUUCCAGUUUAUCCGCAAACAGAUUCACGUUUGGAGUCCCCUGCAACCAGUCCGGACAUCUCUAACCCUCCGAAGCCACUGCUUUCCGCGCCCAGUACUCGGACACUGCGACGUUCAUUCUCGAGACCAUCUUCAAGCGUCGGAUUACCUGCUUUCGUUAACAAUAUGACCUUCGGAUUCAAGGACAAGAAGGUUAAAUCGGCGAAGAACUCGCCUACAAUAGAGUCAACUCCUCGGCCCAAUGAAGGAGGGAGUACGACACCAACUCCAGUACCGUCUCGUACAUCUCGGCUGGUAUCAGCAACCCUUGGGAGAGCGAGAAUGCAGAAGAAGAAGUCACUUGUGUCGUUUCUCAAUUCAGUCAACCCCGAAACCCUUUCGGCCCCUACGAAUGCCUCCUCUUCAUCAAGCAAUAUAUUACAGGCCUCUAACGCCCCUACGACGGAACAGACUCGUCCUCGAGCAGCGUCUGUCAACGAUGAGGAAGACUAUGGCGAAGUCGUAGAGCAGUUUGAGACGAAGAACAAGUGGGCGACCAAACUCGGUAUGAAGAUGCAUCCUUACGGAACGGAUGCGUCGUACAUGCAGUCGUUCGAUAGAGUCUCCAUAGACAAUGACCGGCAUACGGAACAGCUCCUGAACCGCCUCAAUCCAAGUGGUGCUCCCACAUUCUAUCAAUACGGCAAGAAGCCUCCGACGACCGUCCUCGAUUUGGGAUGCGGUCAAGGAACCUGGGUUUGUCAAGCUGCCGAUGCUUGGAAACACUCCGGUACAAUCGUAACUGGCCUCGACCUCGUCGAUGUGGUUACUGAGGAACAUGAGAACGCAAAGUUCGUACGGGGCAAUUUCGUGAAAUAUCCACUUCCCUUCCGAGAUGAGUCUUUCGAACUAGUUCGGAUGGCGAACCUCUCCCUCUGCAUCCCCUACGAUAAAUGGUUAUUCGUACUCUCCGAAGUGAAGCGCGUUCUCGCCCCAAACGGACGGCUCGAAUUCAUCGACGACCAAAUAUUCUUUCCAUAUGGCGCAGCCCCUUACCCAGAUAUAGAUGAGAACGCCAUGUCAUCCACCACGCCCACUUCCAGAGCGUUCCCGGGCGCGUCAGAAUGCCAGUCCGGCUUUGAUGAUGAAGACGAUGAUGCGACUGGACUCGGGCCAGAUGGGGAUUCCAACGACAGUAUUAUCCCAUCAUCACCAGUUGCGGAAGGCGAGAAUAAGGUCGGCGCUGACGACGACUCGUUCGACACGGCUUCCACACUCGUUGAUUCUGAUGCCUCCACCACUCGAUCGGCUAGCGCCGAAUUGAUCACCGCCGCGCCGUCGCCUUCCAGUAACACAAUCACACCACCCGAUGUGACAAUACAGACUCCUACCCCGAUGUCCACGCCAACGCCUUCUACCCCCUCGGACGACGCUUCCAGGUGUUCCAGUGAACUCCUGACUGAACCGGAGGUAGUCAAAGAAUCCGUUUCGACUCUGCAAGAGCAACCCCCUAAACCGGAAUCAGAAGCAACUUUCGAUGCUUAUGAGUCCUGGCACCAGUCUACCUCCGUAUCAAGAGAACUCGAGACGGUGUUCGAGCGGAUGCUGAAGGAGAAGUAUGGUAUUCAUCCUCGUCCUCACGAGUUCGUGCUUGCGGCCAUGAAGACAGUCUUUGGCGAUGAAUACGCCGAGAAGUCUCGCAGUAUGCAUGUAAGGCUCGCGCCGCCAGAGUGCAGGUUCGACCACGAAUUUGGCCUAGCUGACGAAUCCACCGUCGAUAAUCCGACGGAAGGGGAGAACUUCCAGAAGAAGCCGUGGAUUGUUGUUCGUUGGGAUAAGAAGGAGAAGAAAUCGAAGAAGGCUGCCAAGCAGCACAUCGAGAGCAUUCCAGAGGAAAAGCAGAGCACAGACUACUUUUCGCCGACUGCUCUUCCUGAUGGACUGAGUGCCAAGGCAGCUAGUAAGCUCGGGAUCUUCCCUGGUGACUUGCCUCCAUCGCCCGCAGUUUCGGCGCGUCAGCCACGACCUGCGUCGAUUGACUCUAUCCCCUCGGCUACCUCGACAUUCUUUGCCAGCGGGCCUGUCCAAUCUCCUGGUCUCAUCGUUCUUCCCUCAACCUUCAUCCCUCUCUCGCCAUCGGAGCUAGAGAUGCAUACGUGCAAGCACUUGCAUGUCUUGCUCGGCUGCAAGCCUUCCUUGAAGGAGUACAUUGAAGGUUUCACCGACGAGGGUGGUCGAAGAGUAUGUGGAGAUGAAGAGUUCGAAGACUCUGUCUGGGAAUACGAAUGCUUUCGCCGCCAACGCUUUAAUUGGCCUGUUGAGAUGGCUGGUUUGAAUUUCGAAAGCACCGACGAUUACGUUGAUUCCCGUUCAGCUGUCAAGCAUAAAUAUUACACCCCUUCAUCAAAUUCCCAAGGGUACUCGAAGCAGACCUCCUAUGCGGCUGAAGACCUUACCCACGUGCGAACCUUCCGUAUAUACGGUGCAAUGAAGAAGUCAGACGACGACGACACCGCGCCAAUAUUAAUGAAAACUCAUAGCGGCUUGCCCAGCCGUCCUGGGACCUCGAAGGGAGUUAAACCUGUCUUCUUCCCAUCUUCUACAUCAUGA